CGACAGUUAGUUGCGAAGAGUAUUCAGCGUGGUUAAGAAAAACAAACGUUGUUAUAUAUUUUUAAAAAAUAAUUAAAAAUGAUGAAUGAUGAACAGGAGGAUAAAGUUGAAGAUAAAGUUGAAGAUAAUGUUUCUAUAGGUAGUAUAGGAAGCCUGGAAAAUUUGGAUGGUUUUGAAAGUGACUUAGAACAAGAAAUUCAAAACAAGAAGAAAUAUAAGCGAGGAGUGGUUUACAUGCCAUUUAUUCCACCAUCGAUGAACCCAGUAAUAUUGAGGCGACUCAUAUCAGAAUAUGCUGUGGUCGAGAGGAUAUAUUUGCAACCAGAAAUUAAAAAAAAAGCAAGGAAACAAAAGAUUGAUCCCAAGAAUGUGAAAUAUUCUGAAGGAUGGAUAGAGUUUUUGAAGAAGCGAGAUGCUAAAAAAAUUGCAGAAGUCUUGAAUAACUCUCCAAUGGGUGGUAAAAAGAAAAGUAAAUUCCGGGAGUAUCUGUGGAAUUUAAAAUAUUUACCUAGAUUCAAAUGGAUCCAUCUCUGUGAACGAUUAAGUUACGAAAAAGCUGUAAGACAACAAAGGCUUCGAGUAGAGGUUAGCCAAGCAAAGAAAAUCGCUAAUCAUUUUGCUGAGUCUGUCGACAGAGAAGAGAGGAUGAAGAGAAGGAAGAAAGGUGGUGCUGUUUCUACCCUUCCUGCAGAGGUCGCCAGCAAGAGGUUUGCUCAAAAAGAAAGUUUGGAAGAAAAAGCAUCUAAAAAGAAAGUUGAAAAAUCAAGAGAAGAUUUCCUCAAAAGCUUGUUUGCUUGAUAGUAAUUCAUGGUAUUUCAAUCUUGAAAUAACAUUUUCAAUGUAUAGUUAUUGUAAAUAAUUCCUAUUUUUAACCAGUUUCUAAAAUUAUUUUCUUUGGUCUAUGAAUCAAUUAAAGUGAUUGAUAAAGAUUUUUAUACAAAACUGGAUUUUAAGAAUAAAUUUGUAAAUAUUUGUUUUCUACGUUAUAAUUUGUUUCCCUCCCAUAAAAUAUGUUUUAUGAGGUGGUAAUUGUAAAUACUUUAUCUUGUUAAAACCUAAUAUAUUAAUUAUUUAAUAUGUAAUUUUAUUUAUUUCUAGUACAUUAUUGGUAUAAUCUGUAUGUAUAGUUUGAAGGUCCGCAUCUGUAAUAUCAUAUAUCAAGACUUUUCUUACUCCUUUGUCAGUUUUAAAAAUUGUUUGUAUUAUUCGCUAAUAUUGAUACCAACACAGAACAUAGAUAAAGAAUAGAGUAAACAAUCUACAUACUUUACUAAGUAGUAAAAUAUUGGUGAUUUGUUUAUUUUGUUCUCAGCACGUUUAUGUGGAAGUAGGAGUAGCUCAAUGAAUGGGGCACUGUGCUCAUAUCAAGUCCCGUGUUCGAAUACUGUUGUGGUAGAUAACUAUUUAUUCUAUUACAUCAGCCAUAGAUUGUACUUUGGACUGGCUACAUCCAGGCUCUAUGAAAUAGGUUCUCUUUAUUAAAUGAUUAAUUGAAUGACUUACGUGGAAGAAACAGUCAGUAUUUCCUUACUAAGUACUGAACUGCAGACGCUCCACGAGUUUUAGUGUCUUUUUUUUUGUAAUAUUAGUGCUAAAAUUAAAAUACCAUAUAUACAUGCUAUGAAGACUUGCAGUUUUUGUUUUACAGUGGCUUGAUAACAAUGAGGUUGUACAAGAGAAACUAUUAUGAAAAAAGUACAAAUUAGUUGGUUUACUUGGUGCAGUUGUUCCUAUCGCGAAUUAUUUUUUUCAGUUAAUCUCUUGUUGACCAGUAGCAACUUAAGCUGCUAGAGCAUUAAACUUUUUUUGAGACAAUAAUUUCAAUGAUUGCUGGUAAAGAUUGUAGUCAAGCUUUAGAAGGAUGAAACAGGGAAGUCACUCAUUGGGGUUUCCACUACCAUCAAAUUUAACUUUGAUAAGAAUAAGAUAGUUAAGUUUUUUCAAAAUAUGAGAACACAAGUUUGGGCCACAGAUGAGCUAAUUCAUUAUUCAGAAUAUUUAUUAUUAUAAAACAAUUUAAAUUAAAUUAUCUGAAAAUUCACACUAUAAUAAAAUAACAAGUAGGCUCGUGUGAAAAUUCGCAUAUUCAUGGAUAUUCGAAUUAUUCGCAAAUAAAGUUUCUUUUCUUUCAUAAGUUUUUUGCCUGAAUUUUCGGGAAAUUGGAAUAUUUUGCCUGCCUGAAGAAGGAAAUCUUCAAAAUUGGUGGUUCAAUUUUGAGAUUUGGUGAAGAAUUAAUGAUGUGGCUUACCGACAAAAAACACCUUUGAUAAAUAAUAUUAACUCCUCUCUCGGUCUUAGGGGGCCUCAAGUCGACAAAAUGACACAUGUAUUCCAUGACAGUACUACAAAUAACAUAAGGUUGUGUGGAUGCGAACCCUUUGCCUUGCAUUAUCUCGAAAAUAGUAUGGUUUUGGGCUUAAUACACUUGUCUUGCUGUAUGCAUCAAAAUCUUCUAACAAAACCGAUUUCGAGUCUUGCUGUAAUAAUAUAUUGUAAUUUACACCUUUAUUGGAAGUGAGUAGAAGGGGUUUAAUAAAUCAAUGUUGAACAAUUAAAAUGCUAGCUAAUCUAGUUCUACUAGUGCAGGGAAAAGAAAAUGGCUGUACCCAUACCUGAGAUAAAAUAAUUAUCAAGUUUAGUUUAAUAAAUUAAUACUCUUAUAA